AUUUAAUUUAUUUGCGUCCUUGUUCCAUCACAAAAUACGAAACAAAGGUUGACAAAAACAUAAAAUAUAUUCUAAAGGUUUUACGAUUUUAUUUUUAUUUAUAUACCAGCGGUUUGGUUGGUACACUGUUGAUCAGUCGGAACCUUGGCACAGGGAGCUUUGAGCGUUUCGGACUGAAAAUGGCCCACUGCUUCCUUGUUUAAAACAAAACACUCUGAUCUCAUGUGAGCGCGUGCAGCCAAUGUUGACAAACAGAAUGGAUAAACAUAUCGGUCCCCCUCUCCCCUUCGCCUCUCUGCGCCUCCUGCUCUCCCCUGUCCGGCUGGUGUCCGGGGCCAUAUGGCACACGGUCCAGCAUCAUCUUGUGUCGGAUUAUGGGAUGCUUGAGGAGUUUGUUUCAAUGGUCACAGACAUUGUCCCUGAGCUACUCUCCAUUGAACAGAAGACCCAGCUUCUUCUGGGACUCCGCGCACGGAAUGGUAUCCCUGGCGAGUUUGGCUGCAGCUAUGAUGAUCAGGCCCUGGUCAACGUAACAUGGCAUUUUCUGACCAGACUGGAAAAGCUUUUCCCUCUGCAGACCAUCCAACAGGUUGCCCUCAUGCUCGUCGACAUUCCCUCUGCUCUCGAAGAGUGUUUGAAGUCAGUCUCUCACCGCGGCGAGCUCCAAACUCUUCUUGGUUGUCGGAAAGAACUUCUGGAUAAGAAUGGUUGUCCCCUUGAUGGUGCACGUGAAACCUCAGCUCUGCACCUCUGUGUCGGGGAUGAGAUCAAAGCAGAGAAGGGGCAUCAGGCCCAUUCUCUGCCUGAUGUCCACAGAUGCGGUUCACAGAUAGAAGGACCACAUGCAAGCACUGCAGUUGCAAUGUCGGAGGACAUGGAGAUGGCCGUGGAGAAGGAGGCAGUAGAAGGGACGAGCAGUCAGGAAUUAAUGGAUGUUUGUGACAAAGAUUGCCUAGUCCUGUUGAAAAGGCUUGACGACGUUCCCACUGUGCAACGCAGACCUGUGAGGUCAAACAGAGGGUUGAAAAUGAAAAGGAUUUUGCUACAAGAGAAGAACCACAGAAGGAAAAUGCCGUCCAAAAAAGUCCUGCCCAGAACAAAAAUUUUGAUCCCAGAGCCCAGUACACAGAUCUCCAUCGACCCGUUCCCUUCUGUAACUUAUACAGUCGUGGCUGAUGAGGACACUAAUGUUGGAAGUUCCAGUGCGGAGGAUUCUUUGUCUGAUCGUUCGAACACACGCAGUUGCUUCGUCGAGCUGGCAUCCCCCACGGAAGGCAAGAAAUCUUUAAUCACCCGCGAAAAGCAGGACACUCUCAAAAUCAGUCUUUCGGCAAAUUCAACCUCGAUGAAUAAAGGCCUUUGUUUAAUUUGCAACAAGCAUGUGCAGACGGACAUGAAGGAACACAUGAAAGCCCAUUUUCCUGACGGGGUCUUAAGCUGUCCACGAUGUGACACUGUUUUCAAGAACAUGCAAUCCUUAAGGCUACAUUUUAAAAGGGUUUGCUUCGAUCAGCUGCAGAUAGAGCCGGACAAGGUUGCCCUGGCUCUCUACCAGUGCGAUGGAUGUGAAAGAUCUUUUAAGUACAAAUUACAGUUAAACAGGCACAAACUUGUCCAUAACCAACUCUACUGUGAGAUAUGCGAGAGAGUCGUGAGAGAUGCCGAAACCUUGGCACGACACAAGGUGUCUCACACGCCUUUUCAGUGCAUCCUUUGUGAGAAGAACUUCGGUAUCUUUAAGCAUUUGGCCAGUCACUGCAAGAACGUACACGAGUUGAGCGAACCCUACGAAUGCCAACACUGUCCGAAAGUUUUCUCCAAGUUCCAUAUUUUUAUUGGACACGAGUGGCAACACACAGGCCAACUCCCCUUCCAGUGUUCCAAGUGCUCUAUGAACUUCAAACACGACGCAGAGCUGGCUAUCCAUCUACGGGUGCACACGCACGAGAAACCCUUCCUGUGCACGGACUGCGGUAAGUACUUCGCAUGCAACUCAAACAUGAUACGGCACAGAAGGAUGGUUCACGAUGAGUCCUUGCAAGUGCAGCACUUCUUAUCCUCUCGGAGGAGAAAAGAGAGCACACUUCUGAAGGAUCAUAUGUCGCUAUCUGGCAAUGAGUCCAGUCUUCCCCGCCCGUAUGAAGUGGAAGCAAAGGAUGGAGCAAAUAUUGAAAAACAUAACGGCGAUCUAGUCAGCUUGCUCCAGGACCCCUCUCACGUAGCUCCCAGCCAAGACAACUUUUUGUCCAGUUCCUCAACUGAUCGUUCCUCUGUUGCCCUUAAUGAUCACGAUGAUGGUUUGGUGGCAUUGAAAGAGCAGGAUGCGCCACUGAGGAAAAUUCCUGCUACCAGUAAGACCAAUUCCUCAACCCAAAGAAGCCUAUGUUUCAUUUGCAAGAAACAUGUGCAGCUGGAUAUCAAGGAACACAUGAAAACCCAUUUCCCUGAUGGUGUCUUAACCUGUCCGCGUUGUGACACAUUGUUCAACAGCAUGGGUUCUUUGAGGAUACACUUUAAGAGGAUUUGCGUCGAACAGCUGCUGAUAGAACCAGGCGAGGACCGAGUUGGCCAUGGUCUGUUUAAGUGUGAUGAAUGUGUAAAGUCUUACAGGUACAAGUUGUCGUUAGACGGGCACAAGCGCACUCACAACCAGCUCUACUGUGAGGUGUGCAGGAGAGUCUUACGAGACGCCGAAACCCUGGCACGACACAAGGUCUCUCACACGCCUUUUCAGUGCACCCUUUGUGAGAAAGACUUUGGGUUUUUUAAGCAGUUGUCCAGGCACUACGAGAACACCCACAAGCUGAGCAAACCCUAUAAAUGCAACCAUUGUCCUAAAGCUUUCUCCAAGCUGCGUUUCUUUAUUCGACACGAGUGGAAACACACAGGCCAACUCCCAUUCCAGUGCUCCCAGUGCGCCAUGAAGUUCAAACAGGACGCAGACCUGGUGGGUCAUCUACGGGUGCACACGAACGAGAAGCCUUACCUGUGCGCCGACUGCGGCAAGACCUUUUCUCGCAACUCCAACCUGAGACGACACGUCAAAUUCCGCCACAGCGAGUCCAGGGAAAUGCGGCACUUUACGUGCACCCAGUGCAGCAAGUCCUUCAAAGAGAAGGGAUCCCUGCAGAAGCACGAGCAGCUCAAACACCAGAAUCACAAGAAUGCGCGCCACCCGUGCAACUACUGCGGAAAGAUGUUCUCCCAGUCCGGGAUGGCGAGGCACAAAAUGAUCCACACGGGGGAGAAGCCUUUGAAGUGCCACAUUCCGGACUGCAACCAACGCUUCCGGUCGCCUUCGGAGGUGAAGAAUCACGUGCUGCGCCAUCACACUGCGGAUCGCCCGUUUGAGUGCAACACCUGCGGGAAGGGUUUCAUACGGGUCUCGAUCCUCAACGAACACAUGAAGAUCCACUCUGGAGAGAAGAAACAUGUUUGUUUAGUCUGUGGCAAAGCGUUUCAGAAGGCCUACAGUAUGGCCAGACACAUACAGCUAGUGCAUACACCCAAAUAACCCAAGAAUUGUAGCUAUGUUGUACUUAAAUGUGACAUAAUAUUGUGUUUUCCCAACAAGUACAGAAAACAUAUUUUUGAAGUUGUUUGUUUAGAAGCUCAUAUGGAUGUCUCCAGUCUACCCAGGGGCAAACUGUAACACUGUUGUUUUUUAUUGGUCGUCAUGAAAUAAAAAACAUAAGGGAUAACACUGUUUUUUAUUGGUCGUCAUGAAAAAACAAAACAAAAAAAAAACAGGGGUAAUACUGUCGAUAUUUAUCAAAUAAAACAGAG